AUGGACAGCUUGAUCGUGCGCCGGCGCUCGCUUGACCUCAACUAUCCCGAGGUGUUCGCACGCAAGUCAGAUUACAUCCAGACGAGCAAAGCCUUCGCCGUGGCCGGCUUCACCAUCAGUGCUUUGGCGUGUCCUCCAUCUGGACCCAAAGACCGGCGCCACCUCGAUCAGCUGGCGCCGCGUGCCCGGGGCCGCAUCUCCUGCGACGGCGCCGGCUUCGUGCCACGCGAGGAGGAGCAGGAGAACGGUCAGGAGCACAGCCUGGUUUCUGUGGCGGCGAGUGACGUCUUGGACAAGCUCAAAAAGCUGGCUUUCGUUGACUGCAGCGGCCUCACCGUCAAGGCCGUAGCCGAGGCGCUAAACGAGCUCGGCUUUAAGCAGGAGCGCCUGGCCAACGACGGACGAAUUGUUUGGAAGGUGCCGUGCGGUUUCAAGCGCCAGGCAGGGGCGUCCCUGCUGCAAGACUGGGGCCAGCGAGCGACGACGGUGGCGGACUUUUUGGCGCUCCUCCGACCAGAUCUGCAAGUGCGGAUGGAGGAGCUGCAGGAUGCUUUCGGCCCGGCGUUGUGGCCGCAGAUGGGGGCCUUGGUCGUUUCAGCCGAGACCGAAGCCGGAGGCGCUGCUGUCAACGAGCGCCGGCGUGAGAAGAGCACGCCCGAGGUCCAGGUGGUGGCCGUUCCGCUGGUGGCAUCAGUAGGAGGCAAGAUCAGUUCGACCACGGCACGCGAGAUGGACUCCUUGGCUUCGGCCAUGCAGUCUUGCUGGGCGCUGGUUCCCGAACCAGGAAAGGCUCAGCGUUGGCUGCCCUUGCUCCUGGCCCUUGCUCGGCAAGGUGUCCAAGCAGAGAGGGUGACACAGAGCCUACAGCGCCUCGAGACGGCCUGUGGUGAAGCAAAGCCCGAGCCGGCCGCGGCGAGGUGCCUCGAGCUCGCGCCCGUGCCAGGGCUCCUGGAGGCUGUGGCUGUGGACGUCGGCUGGGGAGAAGAUGUGGUGACACAGAUCCGGCUGGAACUGGAUCAGGGCGCCCGGUCGCGCCUCUGA